CAGAAACAAAAACCUACGAACAUUGCAAAUGGGUAUCAAAGAUCUUCUCAGAUUCAUGAAACCUUAUGUUGAACCCAUUCACAUCAAGAACUACGCUGGCAAACGGGUGGGUAUUGAUGCAUAUUCAUGGCUUCAUAAAGGGGCUUAUUCAUGUAGUAUGGAGCUUUGUCUUGAUUCUGAUAGUGAAAGGAAAUUGCGGUAUAUUGAAUACUUUAUGCAUAGAGUGAAUUUGCUUCGGUACUAUAAAGUGACACCUGUUGUUGUUUUUGAUGGUGGCAAUGUUCCUUGCAAAGCAGCAACUGAGAAAGAGAGGAACAAAAAAAGAUAUACUUAUCGUGAGUUGGCGAUGAAUAAGCUCAAAGAAGGGAAUGUUAAUGCUGCUUCUGAGCUCUUUCAGAGAGCAGUGAAUAUUACUCCUGUUAUGGCACAUAAACUAAUUCAGACUUUGAAAUCCGAGAACAUUGAGUUUGUUGUAGCUCCAUAUGAAGCAGAUGCUCAGCUAGCAUACUUGUCCAACCUUGAAACUGAAAAGGGCGGCAUUGCAGCAGUGAUCACAGAAGAUAGUGAUCUGAUAGCGUAUGGUUGUCCAGCUGUUAUCUUUAAGAUGGAUCGUGAGGGAAAUGGCGAAAGAAUAGAGUUAGAGAAAGUUUUUUCUGCUGUAUCUUGUAAACCUUCAUUUCGGAAUUUCGAUAUGAAACUUUUCACAGGUAUGUGUGUUUUAGCUGGCUGUGAUUUUCUUUCAUCUGUUCCUGGCAUUGGUGUUGCUCGAGCUCAUGCCCUUGUUUCGAAGUAUCAGAAUAUCGAUCGUAUCUUAUCUGUUCUUAAGUUUGAGAAAGGCGAUCAAAUGCCAGAAGAUUACGCCAAAUCCUUCAAUGAUGCACUUGCGGUCUUUCAGCAUGCUCGAAUAUAUGAUAUCAAUACCAAAGAACUCAAGCACAUGAAGCCUCUUCCGGAAAAUUUUCUGGAGUCACUUAACGAAAACCUUGAUUUUUUGGGACCAGAAAUUCCCUCAACUAUAGUCAAAUCAAUAGCUGAAGGAAACUUGAAUCCAUCAACUAAGGAAGCCUUUGACGAGUCUGAGUGUUCUAGACUUCCUUUACUCCCUAUUGAUCCUAAAUCCAUUGGUCAACUCAGGAAAAGUGAAGUUCCAGGACCAUUUAAACAGGAAAAUUGUUUUUCAGUCUUUGGCUCUCAGAACUUCAAUGAAAAUUGUACAGUUACAACGCUUUCAGAUAAAGAUAAGUAUUCAAAUGAAGCAUCGGCACUUCAGAAACUAAUCAUGCCAUUGAAAACAAACGAAACAAUAAAAAAGACCAUUACAUGUGAUAAAACUCCUUUGAAGGUUCCUGACAACAACCCUUUUAGGAUAAGAAAACAUGUUGAGGAGGAGGAGGAGGAGAAAUUAAAUUUCUUUCAGAAAGAUGAAACAGUUGAAGAAAUUUCUAAUGUAAGCAGUGUUGAAGAAAUUUCUAUUGAUCUUGAUGAUUACAUGUCACCAAAUAACAUCCAAGAAAAAGGGUCUAACAAUUUGUCAAGGAAAAGGAAAUUUGAGAAUGUUUGCUUGGAUAAAGUAGAAGCUAGUGAUGAACAAGUUUCAGGAGUGACUGAAGUGGAAAAUUGUGAUGCUUUAUGCUUGAAUAUGGAGUCACAAGAAAGUGUAAAGUCUAAGAUUAGGAAUAAUGAUUUGAAAGGAAGUGGUGGAAGUGAAAAGAAAUCCAAGAUAAGUAACUCCAAGAAAAAAGGGAGUAAUAUUAGAACUAUUUUGAAUUUCUUUUCAAGAGUGUAAUCAUUCAAUAUGCUCAUGAAUUUUGUUGUAUCCUAUUUAGAAUUUAAUGUAUUUUUCUCAAGUCAUUCAUAAUCUGCGAAAAUGAGCUAACUGGUCACGUGUGUAGCACUAAAUAUAUAACACCGACACUUCAGAUUGAAAGUGUGUCAAACACUGACAUGAAACCAAUACAUGUGACUAUAUUUAAUAA